AAAAACACGCACUAGACAAGGCAGUGGAAGCUGAGAGCUGCAAGUGACAAACACACGAGCUCUCUGGCAGCAGUGGGGAGAACAAAAAUUCAUCGUGGGAUUGAGGCCUUUUUUUAUUUUUUUUUAUGAGCAUUUUGUCAUCUGCGGUUUUCGCGGCAGGAGUGAGCGCGGGAGGAAGAGGCUGAGGCCAGGGCAGCAUCCUGACUCUCCGUGAAGCAAGGUGUGCCCGAAAACUGCUGCCAUGGUUGUUGGCACGAGGCCUGAAGCUGUCUGAGUGAGCACGGGAACAGCCGGACUGAUGGACAUCAAAGGCCAGUGUUGGAGCGAUGAGGAAUCCGAUGGGGAGAAUGAGCCGGAGCAGUUCCUGUACGGCAUCGGCAUCCAGGGGGGCUGCGCUGCUGACCUCUACCGCCACCCUCAGCUCGAUGCAGAUAUCGAGGCGGUUAAGGACAUCUACACCGACAGUGCUAUCUCCGUCAGAGAGUACGGCAUCAUAGACGACGUCGACAUCGAGCUACAUAUCAACAUCGGCUUCCUAGACGAGGAGGUUGCGACAGCUUGGAAAGUAAUCAGAACAGAGCCCAUUAUUCUGAGACUACGCUUUUCUCUUUCUCAGUACCUCGAUGGACCCGAGCCGUCGGUCGAUGUGUUCCAGCCCUCCAAUAAAGAAGGAUUCAGCUUGGGCCUGCAACUCAAGAAGAUCCUGAGCACGUUCACGUCCCAGCAGUGGAAGCAUCUCAGUAAUGAGUUCCUCAAGGCCCAGCAGGAGAAAAGGCACAGCUGGUUCAAAGCAGGCGGAACCAUCAAGAAGUUCCGGGCUGGGCUCAGCAUCUUCUCCCCAAUCCCCAAGUCUCCAAGUUUCCCCUUGAUCCAAGACACGGUCCUAAAAGGGAAACUGAGUGUCCCUGAGCUGAGAGUGACUCGACUCAUGAAUCGGUCCAUCUCCUGCACCAUGAAGAACCCGAAAGGGGAGCUCUUUAGCUAUCCACCAAACAGCCAGCAGACUGUGGCUGUACCGGCGGCAAGGGCCCCAGCGCAGAUUACCACCAGGCAGCUGAUUGAAUUGUUUUUCUCAUCCCAGGCGGGCGGCCACUGCAAGAACAUUCCCACACUGGAGUAUGGCUUCUUAGUGCAGAUAAUGAAGUACUCCGAGCAGAGGAUCCCCACGCUCAACGAGUACUGCGUGGUCUGUGACGAGCAGCACGUCUUUCAGAACGGAUCCAUGCUGAAGCCGGCUGUGUGCACGAGGGAGCUGUGUGUGUUCUCCUUCUACACUCUGGGUGUGAUGUCGGGGGCUGCAGAGGAAGUGGCCACUGGGGCAGAGGUUGUGGAUCUCCUUGUGGCGAUGUGCCGAGCUGCUCUCGAGUCUCCACGCAAGAGCAUCAUCUUUGAGCCCUAUCCUUCUGUGGUGGAUCCCAAUGACCCUAAGACUUUGGCCUUUAACCCAAAGAAGAAGAAUUAUGAGAGGCUGCAGAAAGCGCUGGACAGCGUCAUGUCCAUACGGGAAAUGACCCAGGGCUCGUAUUUGGAGAUCAAGAAGCAGAUGGACAAACUGGAUCCUUUGGCCCAUCCUCUGCUACAGUGGAUUAUUUCCAGUAAUAGGUCCCACAUCGUCAAGCUGCCUCUCAGUAGGCAACUGAAAUUCAUGCACACCUCCCACCAGUUCCUGCUGCUCAGCAGCCCUCCAGCCAAGGAGGCUCGUUUCCGCACUGCCAAAAAGCUCUAUGGCAGCACCUUCGCCUUCCAUGGGUCCCAUAUAGAGAACUGGCACUCUGUUCUGAGAAAUGGACUAGUCAAUGCCUCGUACACCAAACUGCAGCUACACGGGGCCGCGUACGGGAAGGGCAUCUAUCUCAGCCCCAUCUCCAGCAUAUCUUUUGGAUACUCAGGAAUGGGGAAAGGACAACACCGCAUGCCCACGAAAGACGAGCUAGUGCAGCGUUACAACCGCAUGAACACCAUACCACAGAGCCGUCCAAUACAAUCAAGGUUUCUUCAAAGUCGAAAUCUGAACUGCAUUGCACUUUGUGAAGUCAUCACAUCCAAGGAUCUGCAGAAGCACGGCAACAUUUGGGUGUGUCCAGUGUCGGACCAUGUUUGUACUCGCUUCUUUUUUGUGUACGAGGACGGCCAAGUGGGGGACGCCAACAUCAACACCCAGGAACCUAAGGUGCAGAAGGAGAUCAUGCGUGUGAUCGGGUGCUAGAGCUUGCAGAGUUUCUACUAGAGCUCUUCAUGUACAGUAGAUCCAUGCGUACCUUUUGGCGGGAUGCACACAAAACCGGACAUGAGACGGACAAAACGAGCGAUGAGCGAAUGUUUGGAGGCGAGGCGACCUCCGGCCACGGGACAAAGCAAAGAGUCGAGCUCCAGGAACAUCAAGUUUAUUCCUUUACUUUGAGUCUCUUAUCUUCUCCUACGAACCGUCAGACCAUGUCGCCACUUUUGACAUUCCUGGCAAAAAGCUGCGGUAAAGGACAGAAAGAGGAACAAGACGUCGUCACUGGCAUGGCUUUCCACAGUUACAUCCUGCUUCGAAUGACAUUUCCUUUUUCCACUUAUCAUUUCUCUCUAUAUACUGUAUAUCUAUUUCUGAUUUAUGGCACAUCGGUGAAGGAUGUGCCGCUGUUGUCUUGACAAAGACAUGAUCGCUGAUCUUUUUUUAUUGAAUAGCGUUUGAGUAAUGGCAUCAAUUAUGUCUGUGCAAUUGUUAUCUAAAGGGCAAAGCUUGCUCUGUUGUUUUGUCCUUUUUUUGUCCCCUGAAAUUUAUUUGUCAGAAUUUAAUAACAGGCUUGAACUAUCCACUAAAGUCACUUUGAUUUGA